GUAACUCCUUGGGUCAAAGUGGUGGGAAGACAUUUGUUAUUUAUACAUUUUAUAAAGACUUUAUGUAACAAGGGAGUCACUUCAGCAAUAAAAGACUUCGAACACUCAGCUGUUCGGCUCUGGCCUCUGGACUGGACACAGAACCGAACAGUACCGCACGUCACGCCGUAAUGCAAGAGCCUCGUGUGAGAGUGAAAGUUGCUACGCUCUUUACGUGCACCGUGUGACGUCAGAACGAAUGGUUUCCGCUCAUGCUCGCGAGGACAGGAGGAGAUGAGGCGGAUGCAGCUGGUGGAUGUGUUGUAGUGAUGUAAUGUUGCCUGUUUGGUGACUACGGAUGGCUGUUUGUGCCAGGCUCUGCGGAGUGGGCCAGUCGCGGAGGUGCAGGAGGCGACAGCGGCAGAACCAGCAGGAUCAGGGCAGCGAUUCCGACAUGGACGAGGAAGAAGAGGAGCGGAUCGUGGGCCAGAAGCAAGGCGACGUCGGCGGCAGAGCUGGAGGAGCUGGAGGCGCUGGAGGAGCUGGAGGCCCGAACAGCGGCGCCGACACUGCAGGGCCGAGCGACGGCAGCGGUCAUGUCAACAGAGGGGGCUGUCUGCGGAGCACGGGACCUGCACACCCGCAAUCAUUAGCGGAUUUACCGCCGGAGCUCUUAGUAGAAAUCUUCUCUUUGCUUCCCGGAACCGCGCUGCCGAACGUCGCCCUCGUCUGCAAGAAAUUCAAACAAAUCCUCACCACGGAGACCAUCUGGAGGAGGCGGUGCAUGGAGGAGUUUGGUAUGAAGGACGAUCUGAGGAAGAUGGAGGUGGGAGGAGUGUCCAGCCAGGAUCUCUAUGUUAAACGUGUCAACCCACGAGUGAAGUCUGGGCGCUUUAUGAAGCUCCUCCCAGACUACGAGCACAUGGACUAUAAAGACGUGUACACACACCUGCUUCACCCAUACAGACAUAUCUUGGGCUUAUGGCAGCCUGACAUAGGACCUUAUGGUGGAUUGCUCAAUGUUGUGGUGGACGGGCUCUUCAUCAUUGGUUGGAUGUAUUUGCCACCUCACGACCCCCGUGUGGAAGAUCCAAUGAGAAGACGGCCGCUCUUCCGUAUCCACAUGUGGGAGAGCAAAAAGGCCACUGUGGAGUGCAUGUACGGACACAAGGGUCCCCACAAAGGAGACAUACAGACUGUGAAGAAGGAUGAAUUUUCAACUAAAUGUAACCAGACUGAUCAUCACCGCAUGCCAGGGGGCAGACAGGAGGAGUUCAGGACAUGGCUGGAGGAAGAGUGGGGUCGGACGUUGGAAGAAAUCUUCCACGAGCACAUGCAGGAGCUCAUCCUGAUGAAGUUCAUUUACACAAGUCAAUAUGAUAACUGCUUGACGUACCGGAGGAUCUAUCUGCCUCCUGUGAUGCCCUCUGACCUGCUGCAGCCGGGCCUCUUCAAAGGCACCUAUGGCAGCCACGGCUUGGAGAUCGUCAUGCUCAGUUUCCACGAGGCUACUGCGCGAGCCACCAAGCUCACUGGAGACCCCAAUGUUCCUGCAGGACAACUCACUUUGGAUGUUGACCUGAACCGGGCAGUGGUCCUCCCAGAUUUAGAGCAACAGCGCAACAUUGAGGAGCUUUCCCGCCUGGUACUGGGGGUACACAAGGAGGUACAGAGAGAAGCAGAACAACAGGCCAUGGUCACUUCUGCGGUCAGAGGUGCAGCCGAGGGAGCCUGCGGUAGCGACGGUGCAGCAGAAGGUGUGGAGGCAGACUGGGGUGCCUGUUCAGACAGCUGCCAGCCUGGCCCCAGCAACAGCACCACCAAUCACCCUGAAGAGCAGCCUUUCGUCCUGCCCCUGGGGGUCACGGCUCGCAACGAGGUGUACCCUCGCACCUGCAGGCAAUGCUUCUACGGGACAGGCCUGAUCGCUGGGCACGGCUUUACAAGUCCAGAGCGCACCCCGGGGCUCUUUGUGCUGUUUGAUCAGGACCGUUUUGGUUUCAUCUGGCUGGAGUUGAAGUCUUUCAGUCUGUACAGUCGCCUGACGGACCACCUAGCCCAUGCUCACGCCCCAAACAUGGAGCGUUUUGAGGCCAUGCUGCGCAACAUGCAGUCCUGGACAUCCUGAUGCAUCACGCUUUAAGUAUCCUCCCACUAUAGGGUGCAUAAUAACAACCGUUGCACACAAAUUCACCUCUGUCCUCUGCUGACAACGCUACUAUCACGAUAACUCGCUAGGUUCUAUCUAGAUCUGUUUCACACACAUUGGGUUUUACUACUAAUUAAGCUAGUUUUAUCACCCCAAGCACUUUGAAAGGCCCCAAAGUCACCAUUUAUCAUCUCAGCUCUGUAUGACCAUGACUCUCCAGUGCAGCAUGAUAACAGGUCACAUUAACCUUUUUUUAUUUAUUUAUUUAUUCCCUGCAGGAGAAAAGGAAUGAUACUUCAUACCACUUAUUACAGAUGAAACUGUACGUGCCUCUGAUUCUAAAACAUGUCUGUACUCGGUAGUGCUUGAAAAAGAUAAAGGUGUCCAAUGUAUUCUACUAUAUAGUAUUAUACUGAUUUUAGUGCCCAACAUAUUGAACUGCAUGCUGCGUUUUAAUUAGAUCUAAGCGUAUUACACACAUAACCAUUCUCUAAACACGAUUAUUUAUUUUCAAUGAAGCAGCAUGCCCUGCUUUUUAGUUGCUUAUUUUAUUUUAUUUUAUUUUAUUUUAUUUUAUUUUAUUUUAUUUUAUUGCUUUAGAGACAUCAUAAUUUAAAGACAGCAUCUCAGGUGUUUUUCUCCUUACGCCACAUGUCAGUGAAAAACAGGGGAAAGUAUUGAUGUGUAUAACUAAAAGGUUUUAUUGAAUUGGCCAAUAAAAACACUGAGUGAGUUUUACAACUGGGCAAUUUUCUAAUCAUUGACAAGAGGAUUUGCUGUCUUAUCUAACACUGGAGCUCCAUCAGCCGGUCUUCAGCCAGACUGACUUUUUUUUGCCCUUUGUACUUGAGAUAUUGUUUUCAGUGAUUCAUCAGACACCCAACAUAAUAUUAUGUAAAUUGGAAAGAUGUAUUGUACUGCAGUAGAAUAACAUAACCUAUACAUGAGCUGGAUUAAAUGGAAAUUCAACAGUAUAUGUGCUCAUGUAAUGAUGAUGUUCAACACAAACAUCUCUUUCCUUCUGAAAUGUUUUGCAUUCGUUGUUUGUUGAAAUGGCUGACGUGGCGUUUGCCUGGCUUUAUACCUGCAAAGCUGUUUUCCUCCUGAUUUAUUUGGAACUUGAGACCAGGCUAGCUCAACAUUCUACGAACCAACAGCUCAAAGUACCAAGUAAGUGUCUGUAUGUCUCACUACGGCCUGAUGGUGAAGCCCAGUAGCUUUCCUACUCCAAGUGCACUUUUCUGGGCGGUAUAGAGAAUCAUUCAAAACCACUGGCCAGCACUUUUAUAUCAGACUGCAGCUUUACUAACAUUUGCAACAAAAAAAAGUGUCUGCUAUAAUAUUAUUCAUGUUUUUCUUUUUUUUUACAUUCUCCCUCUGCUACUUAAAUGAUUUGCCUUCAAAAAAUGUUGCUUUGUACUAUUUUCAAUGUCAUGCGCCUGAUUUGGUGGAAACAAACUUAGUUUGACCUAUUGAACUACUCACAUCAGACUUCAGGGAGCUUUUCAGCUUAGGCGCUCUUCUCAGUAAUAAAAAAAAAAAAAAAAAAA